GCGACCAGGGGGCGGAGCCGAGCCUGGUUUUUCUAGGGUCCCCGCACUGAGCUCCUAGCUGUCUGUCCUUAGCUUCUCUGUUUGUGUCGUCAGGUCCUCUGCAGCCAAGAUGAUGUGUGGCGCGCCGUCCGCCACGCAGCCGGCCACAGCCGAGACGCAGGAGAUCGCCGACGAGGUGAAAUCCCAGCUUGAAGAGAAAGAAAAUCAGAAGUUCUCCGUCUUUAAAGCCAUAUCCUUCAGGCGGCAGGUGGUGGCUGGCAUUAACUUCUUUAUCAAGGUUGAUGUUGGCGAUGAUAAAUUUGUGCACUUGAGAGUGUUCAAAGCCCUCCCUCAUGAAAACAAGCCCCUGACCUUGUCUUCCUACCAGACCAACAAAGAGCAACACGACGAGCUGAGCUUCUUCUGACUCUGCAGGCCCUUUGCCAAAUACUUCAUCUUUUUAUUCUGUGGUUGGGACCACGAAGUAAAUACCCCUCUGGAUGGAGGGGAUGGGGUUAGGCAGCUUCUUCUGUGAUUCCCAAACUGCAUUGUGUUUUGUUCUCUUUCAAAUAAUUAUUUUCAAAAAGCUAUAUAUGAUCUCUCUCUAAAUAUAUAUAUUUUAGAGUCUAAACAAA